AUGGAUCAACCUAUGGUAAGUCCGAGAAAUGUCACUGAGGGACAUGAUGUGUCUAAUUUGAUUACGUUUCGGUAUUCAACAGAUUAAUAUUGUACAAUAUUUGUGAUUAAAAUUUCAGUAUUGAAUACGUAAAGAAAUGAAGGGAUUAAUAGAGUGAAAUAAAAAAUUUUGGAUUCAGAUGAUAGGGCUAUACUGGAUGCAGGGUAAAAUAAUGAGGAAGAGGAACCAUCAAUAAGUUCAUCAGAAUCUGAGCAAAGUGUCAGCAAAAAAGGAUCUGAGACUAUGAAAUUAGGAUCAUAAAGUAAGGUUGAACAUGCUGAAAGAUAGUAUAAAACUGAAGAUUUGUCCCCUGUUGAUGGAGGUUGGACGAACAUCAUAUGGAAGAGGGGUUCGUUGAGAAUUAUGACAUAUGUGGUCAGAUUCGUGAUUUCUAUUCUAAUAAAUUCAGAAAAAUCUAAGUUUUCAUUCAUGAAUCGAAAGUAAUUCAAUGCCAUAAAUGAUGUAACAGGGGUUUAUCAAUUUUAUGAGGAGAAUAAGCUAAUAAGAUAGAGGAUUAAAAAGAAAUUUAAAGUAAUGUUAUGACUUAAAAUAAUAGCAAAUUGUUAAAUCCUACAUUUAAAACAAUAUCUGUUAUAAAGUUAUAAGAAAUGGGUUGGAGACCUUCGUUAAUAAAUGUCUUUUUGUAAUAGACCCCUCAAGCACCAUUAAGAUAUUAUGGGAUUUCUUUAUGUUGUUUGUGUUAUCGUGGUAGAUGGUCUUUGUUCCACUGAAGAUUUGCUUUUUUAUUCACAUAGAAGAUCCUAUUUUGAACUUCAUCUUAAAUUAUUUGCCAGUCUACGUAUAUUUGAUGGAGAUUGUCCUAACAUUCUUGACAGGCUAUUACGAGCAUGGAGUGUUAAUUAUGGAUUAAAAGUAGGUAGCCAAACAUUACUUCAAGAAAUCCUUUUUUUAUGAUUUAUUAAAUGUAUUGCCAUUAUUGGUCAGUGCAUAUUAUGUGUAAUCCAAUUGGUUAGAGUUUUCAGUCUUGGUUAAGAUAAAGACAUUGAAAUUUCUAUCCGAUUAAUUAGAAGAAGUAUUUGGAUUGAGAACUAAUUAUUAAACUUUGAUAGAUGUCUUGAGAUUGAUGAUACAAUUUAUAUUUUUGUCUCAUCUUUUUGGUUGUUUUUGGCAUUAUUUGGGAAUCCUACAAGGAGAUUAUGGGUAAGAUUUACUUGAAUAACUUGUAGAAUAACCAAUACUUGGAUAAAUGCUUUGGAGUUGUAAGAUGACAGUUGGCAGAUUAGAUACAUUAACUCAAUAUAUUGGAGUUCUAUAACAACAUUGACAAUUGGAUAUGGUGACAUUACACCUUAGAGCAGUGUUGAGAAGAUCUUCACAGUAGGAGUAGCUGUUUUCAGUAGUGUCGUAUUUGCAUACACGAUCUCAAGCAUAGGGUUGAUCUUCAGUCAAUUGAAUGAAAAUAAGAAGAAUCAAAGAUAUAAAAUGAAUUUGAUUUAGUAAUUCAUAGGUUAAAGAGGAGUUAAUAAACAAUUAUAGAAUAAAGUCAAGAAAUUCUAUGAGUAUUUUAUUCAAAUAGAUCAUUCCUAAGACAGUGAAUGCGAAUUGUUACUUGACUCAUUGGAACCCUCAUUAAAGAAUGAAUUGAAAAUAGACUUAUACAAAAAAUACAUCAUGAAAUCCAAGCUGUUUAAAUCCACCUUCUCACCAGAGUAUUUAUUCUACCUUAUAUGAUUAGUUUCUUAGAUUCCCUUUGUUAGUUAGUUUAAGAGAGGCAAUACACACCAGACGAAUAGAUAUGUGCAACUGAUACUGAAGUUGAGGAAUUGUGUUUUGUUUUAAAGGGUGAAAUAUCUUUGUAGAUUCAAUUGAAUAAUUGUAAUUAAACAAUAACAUUCAUUAUGUAGAAUUUGGUAAAACGCAUUAAGUUAGUCUCUUAAAAAAAAAUCACAUCUUAGGAGAACGAUUCUUCAUCACUGGCGAUAGAUAUCCAUAUUCAGGUAAGGCUAUUUCAACUGUACGAGUUGCCUUCAUUAAAAAAACAUAAUUUCUCAACCUAUUGAAAUAGAACCCUUAAGAAUAUGAGAAAUUCUUGGAAGCCAAAAGCAAGGUUAUAUUAAAGGAGAGAGUAAAAGUCCAAGGAUGCGAACUAUGCUAUUAAAACCAUCAAGUUUUACAAUGUCCCUUUGUGUUCUAUUACCCAAAUGUUAGAGUCAUCGUCAAAAGGUAAGAAAACAUCACCUAAAAACGAUAGUUUAAAUAAAGAUCGUAUGUAAAAAGUCAUGUAAAUUUAUAAAUAGUAUUUAGAAAUCACUCCAAGAUAGAGGAGGCAUUUAAUAUUAACUGAUCUCUUAUGCUUUGGAUACAAAUUUAAUGCAGGAGGAAUCCCUUGACGAAUCAUUAAUUAAAAAUAUGGGCUUGCAAUUCAUAGAGCCAACAAAAAAAUAGUUAAAUAAACUACAUAGUGACACUUCGGCUGAUCCACAAUUGCAGGAUUAACCACAUCCCUUUCAGAAUCUAACACCCUUGCGUCCUAGUUGUGAAUAAUUUAGUGAAGGCAGUGAGGGAGGCACCAGCAAAACUAACAAAACUUCAAAUAAUGGAUUACAAAAGUUGAUUACACUCAGAUAAAUUUCAUAACAAAGUCAAAAUCAAUAGAUCCAACCAAAGAAAAUAGACAAAUAUAAAUAGAUGAGUUUCAAGGUAAAAAAGAAUGAAUUUCGUCCUCCUGAAAUUGUGGAAUUAUAAAAGAUUGAAGAAAUCCAGUCUUUCGAAUCACCAUAAUGUUCAGCUUAAAAAACGAAUCAAUAAAAUGUAUUCUUUACUUUAAAUGAUAAUUCUAUUACUACUGAAUUAGAAAUCAAAAGAACCUUGUGGGAAGAAUAUGUGCAGUCUUAAAUAAUUGAAGAUAAAGAAAGGUUUGAUUAAUAAAAGGAUUAUCAAUUUUUUUAUCCUAAUUUCAACUUAGAGAAAGUGUUAGAUUUAAUUAAUAUCAAAGUAAAUGAAAGAAAAAAGAAAACCUAAAAGUCAAGACUAACAACAUUAGGCAAGAAUCGAUUAGGCUAGUUACAAAACAUAUCUGUUAGGCCUAGAAAAAGUAUGAUUACCAUUGAAUAAGCAUUUUCAUAAGAAGAUGAGAGAUAAAAAAGUCUUAAAUUAUGA